AUGGCGUCCAAAGUCACAGAUGCUAUUGUGUGGUAUCAAAAGAAGAUUGGAGCAUAUGAUCAACAAAUAUGGGAAAAAUCUGUUGAACAAAGAGAAAUCAAGGGGUUAAGGAAUAAACCAAAGAAAACAGCACAUGUGAAACCAGACCUCAUAGAUGUCGAUCUUGUAAGAGGGUCUGCAUUUGCUAAGGCAAAACCUGAAAGUCCAUGGACUUCUUUGACUAGAAAGGGAAUUGUUCGAGUUGUAUUUUUUCCCUUUUUCUUCCGGUGGUGGUUACAAGUAACAUCAAAAGUCAUCUUUUUCUGGCUUCUAGUCCUUUAUCUUCUUCAAGUUGCCGCAGUAGUAUUAUUCUGUUCGGCUUCUAGCCCACAUAGCAUACCUCUGACGGAAGUGAUUGAGCCAGUAUGGCUGAUGCUGCUCCUAGGUACUGUGCACUGUCAGAUUGUUUCAACAAGAACACCCAAACCUCCGCUAAGUACAGGGGGUAAAAGAAGAAGGAAAUUAAGAAAAGCAGCCCAUUUGGAAGUACAUAGGGAAGGAGAUGGUUCUAGUACCACAGAUAACACACAGGAGGGAGCAGUUCAGAGCCACGGUACAAGCACCUCUUACAGCGUUGGCGCUGUCUUCAGAGAUCUCUGGCAUGCUGCUUUCUUUUUAUCAGGAUCAAAGAAAGCAAAGAAUUCAAUUGAUAAAUCAACUGAGACUGACAAUGGCUAUGUAUCCCUUGAUGGGAAAAAGACUGUUAAAAGCAGCGAAGAUGGAAUACAAAGCCAUGAACCUGAGUGUGAAACUCUUCGACCAAAAGAGGCAACCUGGAACACCGGAACACUGAGGAAUAUCCCCAGCAAAGAUCCCCAAAGGACAGUAACAAAUGUCUCUGAUGAAGUCUCCAGUGAAGAAGGUCCAGAAACAGGAUACCCAUUGCGCCGUCAUGCAGACAGGACUUCAGAGAGCAUUCUUCGGAAUAGAAAGUCACACCAUUAUAAGAAACAUUACCCUAAUGAGGAUGCCCCUAAAUCGGGUACUAGUUGCAGCUCUCGCUGUUCAAGUUCCAGACAGGAUUCUGAGAGCACAAGGCCAGAAUCUGAAACAGAAGAUGUAUUAUGGGAAGACUUGUUACAUUGUGCAGAAUGCCGAUCAUCUUGUACCAGUGAGACAGAUGUGGAAAAUCCUCAAAUUAAUCCAUGUGUGAAAAAAGAAUAUAGAGACGACCCUUUUCAUCAGAGUCAUUUGCCCUGGCUCCAUAGUUCCCACCCGGGAUUAGAAAAAAUAAGUGCUAUCGUAUGGGAAGGCAAUGACUGCAAGAAAGCAGAUAUGUCUGUCCUUGAAAUCAGUGGAAUGAUAAUGAACAGAGUAAACAGCCAUAUACCAGGAAUAGGCUACCAGAUUUUUGGAAAUGCAAUCUCUCUAAUCCUGGGUUUAACUCCAUUUGUUUUCCGACUCUCCCAAGCUACCGACUUGGAUCAACUCACAGCACAUUCUGCUUCAGAACUCUAUGUGAUUGCGUUUGGUUCUAAUGAAGAUGUUAUAGUUCUUUCUAUGGUUAUAAUAAGUUUUGUGGUUCGUGUGUCUCUUGUGUGGAUUUUCUUUUUUUUGCUCUGUGUAGCAGAAAGAACUUAUAAACAGCGAUUACUUUUUGCAAAACUCUUUGGACAUUUAACAUCGGCAAGGAGGGCUCGAAAAUCUGAGGUUCCCCAUUUCCGAUUGAAGAAAGUACAGAAUAUAAAAAUGUGGCUCUCUCUCCGAUCCUAUCUUAAGCGUCGAGGUCCUCAGCGAUCAGUUGAUGUCAUAGUUUCAUCUGCUUUCUUGUUGACUAUCUCAGUUGUAUUUAUCUGUUGUGCCCAGUUGCUUCAUGUACAUGAGAUCUUCCUUGAUUGUCACUACAAUUGGGAACUGGUAAUCUGGUGCAUCUCGUUAACACUUUUUCUCCUAAGAUUUGUUACUCUUGGAUCAGAAACAAGUAAAAAAUAUAGCAAUACCUCAAUAUUACUUACUGAACAGAUAAACCUCUACUUGAAAAUGGAGAAGAAACCUAACAAAAAGGAGGAAUUGACACUAGUGAACAAUGUUUUAAAACUGGCUACUAAAUUGCUAAAGGAAUUGGACAGUCCCUUUAGACUAUAUGGACUUACAAUGAAUCCACUGCUUUAUAACAUCACCCAGGUUGUCAUCCUGUCAGCUGUUUCUGGUGUUAUCAGUGACUUGCUUGGAUUUAAUUUAAAGCUCUGGAAGAUUAAAUCAUGA